AUGGCCGACGAGAAACCCAAGGAAGGAGCCAAGACUGAGAACAAUGAUCAUAUUAAUUUGAAGGUGGCGGGGCAGGAUGGUUCUGUGGCGCCGUUUAAGAUUAAGAGGCACACACCACUUAGUAAACUAACGAAAGCCUAUUGUGAACGGCAGGAUACACCUGCACAGUUGGAAAUGAAAGCUGAAGAUACAAUUGGUGUGUUCCAGCAGCAGACAGGAAGUGUCUUCUAA